AGCAGUAAGCAAUUUAAAACAAAUCCGACGCAGAGAAAAAAUGGGCUCGUCGAGCUCGAGAUUGGACAGCAGUUCCGGUGGUGGUGUCUACACAUUCAGAUUGUUUUUUUACGAUGUGCUGGACAACGAGUCUGCUGCCAAAGAUUACUCGAUGAAAGAUCAAAUUCUUGUUAAGUUUCAGAAACUGAUUGAUGUAUCAGAGGUGAUUCUGUGCGUCAUGUACUACACUAAUCCGCUGAGCGGGUGGCAAGUGUACAAAAGUGCGAUGAGCCCUGAUGGGCUCGACAGCUUACAAGGAAAAAGGAACGUGCACCACGCCUACGUCGUCUUUGGAACGAAGAACUGGUGGUGGUCCAUCGAGAAAAACACGGCCUGCGUCGCCAUUCAGCGCUCCAAGCAAAGCGAAUUGGUGAGCGAUAUGUACCACAGAACGGAUCGUAAAUCUUCGUUAUUUACCGGAAUCGACCGCGAGAAAACAAAGUCAGGCCAGAGGAGGACAGUGCAACAACUCCUUGAGCACAUCGUAGCUGGCGGCUACGUGAAUGAAGAGUACCAUUUUCUGACGCAAAACUGCCAGCAUUUCGCUGACAGAAUUUACGCCUAUCUCUAAUAGUUUUUGAUUAAUGUGGAAUCCCUGAACCCCAUUUAAGUAGCUCCUGUCUAUCCCUCCCACAGUUUCAAUAUUUGCAUACGGAGAAAUUGUAAUUAUUGAAUUCAAGGGCUGACUGAUUUGUUUUUGCGUAAUAAUAGUGAAUGCCAAUGACGUAUUUAUAUCAAAUCGAUUCUAUUACCCAUAUAAAUAAAUAUUCUCGUUCGUUGCUCUUUGGCUCAAGUUUUUCGUGCAUAGUGAUUAGCAAAAUCUCCAUCAGAACCGGUAAGUGUAUAAUAUGAUUCUAUAAGAUUGCUGUAAGGCUCGUUGGCAUUUCAGCGACACACAAUCAGCACACAGUCAAAGUACAAGCCAGUCCAAGCA